AUGCCCGUGAGAACCAAGUAUAAUCUGGUGGACGACGCGCACGAUUUAAGGAUUCCAUUGCACAACGAGGAGGCGUUCCAACAUGGGAUUAACUUCGAAGCAAAGUAUAUCGGCAGUCUGGACGUGGCGCGACCCAGCAGUCGAGUGGAGAUAGUGGCCGCCAUGAGAAGGAUCAGGUAUGAGUUUAAAGCGAAGAAUAUCAAGAAGAAGAAGGUCCACAUUAUGGUGUCAACCGACGGGGUCAAGGUGGCACUUCGGAAGAAGAAAAAAAAUAAGGAGUGGACGUGGGAUGAGAGCAAGAUGAUGGUGAUGCAGGACCCCAUCUACAGGUGA